UGAUGAAAAUGAGCAGUUAGUCAAGAAGGUGAAAAAACUACACAUAAAAAAUAAGGAGCUAGAAAGGAAUCUGGGUCAGAUCCAAGAACAACUGCAUCUGCAGCAGUUAGUGCAUGUCUGUGGCACAAGCAGAGAGGAUUUUGUGCUGACAAAAAGCCCGGUGUGAUCCUUUGAGCAGCCCAAGCUGUUUUCAUCUGAGAGGAGAACUAGAGCCAUUGUCUUAUGCUGGUACUGCAAUGCUGAGUUCUAGCUCGACUGCUGUGAAGAAUCUCCCUCUGAAGAGGAAGCUCUGUUUUCUGCUGAAACUUGUGUGCUUUGUCAGCUCAGUGUUAAUAUUUUGUGAAUUUUUAAUUUACUAUGUGGUGAUAUUUCAAUGCCGAUGGCCAAAAGUGAAAGGUGGAGCUCACAUGACUGAAAAAGAUUCAGUCCUAAAGGCCAUAAUUUUAGCUGAUACACACCUACUUGGUGAAAUCAAAGGACAUUGGCUGGAUAAGCUAAGAAGGGAAUGGCAAAUGGAGAGAUCUUUCCAAACUGCCUUAUGGUUACUGCAGCCAGAUAUUGUUUUUAUUCUGGGAGAUGUUUUUGAUGAAGGAAAAUGGAGCUCACCUCAGGCCUGGGCAGAUGAUGUCAGGAGGUUCCGGAAAAUGUUCCAGCAUUCAGUUUUUACGGAGCUGGUGGUCAUCGCUGGGAACCACGACAUCGGAUUUCAUUACGAAAUGACUACUUACAAGAUAAAUCGAUUUGAAAAGGUUUUCAACUUUACUUCAGGAAAGCUGAUAACUCGGAAAGGAAUAAACUUUGUCCUAGUGAACAGUGUGGCCAUGGAGGGCGAUGGCUGUGCUGUCUGCCGUACCUCAGAGGCAAAACUUGUGGCACUUUCUCACAAACUGAAUUGCUCCCAGCAGAAACCAAAUCAUUCCAACAAAAGAUGCAGUGAUGUGGAAAAGCUUCCAGCUUCAGAACCCAUCCUUUUACAGCAUUACCCUCUCUAUCGGAAAAGUGAUGCUGAAUGCACUGGAGAAGAUUCUGCUCCUCCAGAGGAGAAAAGCAUCCCCUUUAAAGAAAAGUAUGAUGUACUGUCUCAAGAGGCAUCACAAAAGCUGCUAUGGUGGUUUCAGCCCCGUUUGAUUCUCAGUGGGCACACUCAUAGUGCUUGUGAAGUGCUGCACGCAGGGAAAAUUCCAGAAAUCAGUGUCCCAUCAUUCAGUUGGAGGAAUAGAAACAAUCCUAGUUUCAUCAUGGGCAGCAUAACACCAACUGACUUCUCCCUCCAAAAAUGCUUCCUUCCAUUUGAGAGCAGAGUCUUCACUAUCUACUGUGCAGCAGGUGCUCUGCUUGUGAUCCUGGUACUAGCUCAUGUUCAGCUUCUCACUCCACCGUUUUAUUUUGCUCAGCGUUUAAUCAGUAAGCAUAAAGCAGUAUGAAGAGCCAGACAUCUGCAUUCAGUCACUGAAAUACCAAAGCUGAGAACAGUCAAACAUCAGACUAUAUUCAUGCCAGCAAAUGACCUAAUUUGAUUGCUAGUCUGAAGGCAGGUUGCAUUUACACAUACCAUAGAAGUCCUAUACAGCUGAUAUGACUACUACAGGAUAAAUAAUUAACUGAAAUGAACGUUUCAUGCUGUACAAAAAUACUGUAUUCGACAAUCAAAUGAGUCCUUUUCCUGCUAUAAUUUUUGUAUCAAAUAUGUAUAUUAAAAGUGUAACUGUACAUUAUG